AUGUCUUCCUCUACUGCCCUGGACAAAAUCAACGUCGUCAACGACCCUCGGAUCCGUCGCUGUUCUGCCACCAUCAAUGGCAAGACAUACGGAUAUCUCCUCGCCGAGCCUGAGGGCGGCUUUACUCGCACGGUCUUCUUGAUUCACGGUUUCCCAGAUUUGUCCAUGGGCUGGAGAUACCAGAUUCCUCUCUUUCUCAAAUUUGGCUUCCGCGUCGUUGCUGUUGACUGUAUCGGAUACGGACGAUCAGAUGCACCAACUGGCUCUCUCGACGCCUAUUCCUACAAGUCGCAUGCCGAUGAUUUGGCCGAACUUGGAAAGCAACUCGGCUGCGAGAAUAUCGUUCUCGCCGGUCAUGACUGGGGCUCGGUGAUUGCCUCCCGUUUUGCUCUCUACCACCCUUCUUUCAUCACCCAUCUCAUUCUCUUUGUUGUCCCAUAUCUCCCUCCAUCGCCGAAAUACAUCGAUACGGCUGAUCUCGCCAAGAUCGUCCCCACAGUUGGGUACCAACUGCAAUUCGGCAGCGCAGAGGGCGUGGUUGAGUCCCAUACUCAGGACAAGGAAGGUAUCCGUGCUUUCCUCAAUGGCUUGUACGGUGGGGCCACCCCUGAAGGCAAAUUUGCCAUGGACUCAACCAGUGGUUUCGACUUCGAGGUGGCCACUAAGCUAGGUCACACAAGAUUGCUUAGUGAAGAAGAACUGCAGUACUACGUGGAGGAGUACUCGAGAAAUGGGCUCCAAGGACCUUGCAACUACUACCGUAUUCGUCAGCAGAGCUGGACGGACGAGCAGUCCCUCCUGGCCCAGGGCAAAGAGGCGAUCUCAAUCAAGUGCCCCGUGCUCUACGUUCACGCGCUUGCUGACCUUGUGAUUAACUCUGAGAUGCCCAAAGCCAUGGUACCCUUUGUACCAAAUCUCAGUGUGAAAGAAGUCGAGGCAGGGCAUUGGGCUCUGUGGCAGAAGCCAGCGGAGGUCAACGCUUUUGUGACAGAGUGGUUGCAGCAGCAGGGACUUGUUGACUCGGCCAAGCUGCCUCCAAGACGGCGGGAUGUGCGAGAACAACGUGGCAUUCAUGAGUCCGGGGUUGAGGAAGGAGAUGAUGCACAUUCCAUUAUAACCCCCUCAAAGCAUACGCCAAAGGCAUUUCGAGUCUUACGGGGCUCUGUAUCGGCUGGUGGGCCCCUGCGUCCUUUUCGACUGGUGAAGCAGGAUAUCGUCAACCUGCGCCGCCGAUAUGUUUCGGACUGGACUAUAUUCAACCAAUUGAUCUUCGCUAGCGCGGUAUAUGUAUUCUUCACUAACCUUCUCCCGGGAAUUACUUUUGCCAGUGACUUGUUCUCUAUUCAACCGCUAACAAUCCUUGGUGUUACUGGUCCUUUCUCUGUGUUAGCAGAGAAUAUCUAUGCAUUGUGUGACGAAGUUUUCAAGGUGCCCUUCCUUCCUUUCAUGGCAUGGUCCUUGAUUCAUGCGGCCUGGCUGCAUUAUAUUUUAGCCAUAAUCAAUGCACACGACUGGACUAUGCGCUAUGUAACAACAUUCGCCACAGAAAUCUUCUCUCUCCUUAACAGCAUCAUCUAUUUUCACAAGGCUAUCCAGGAGCUUGAAAGAGCACACGACACUCUCUCAUUCGCCGCUUUCUUGUACGCUGUAAUCGGUGCUGUCGGAACCAUGCUCCUCGCCAUCUUUCUCUCCACAGCCGAGAGUUGGAAGCCUUUAUUCCAUCGAUACAUCCGAAUGGGGCUCACAGAGUACGCCGCCGCAAUAUCCAUCAUCAUCUUCAUCGCCAUGCCCCAUAUCGGCGAAUUGGCACACCUCGACAAGAUGACUCUUCCCGUCAGCAACUCCUUCGAACCGACAUCACCAGAUCGUGACAAAUUCUUCGUCGAGUUCUGGACCUUACCUGUCGGAUGGGUCUUCGCCGCCAUAGUUCCAGGAAUUAUAAUCACCAUCCUCUUCUUUUUCGACCACGAAGUAAGUUCCAUCAUAUGCACAAUCGACAGAUACGGCACCCGCAAACCCGGCGGCUUCGCAUGGGACAUCAUCCUGCUGGGCACAACAACCGCUCUCUGCGGAAUCCUGGGCAUCCCACCCGCCAACGGUCUUUUGCCCCAGGCUCCCCUGCACUCCGAAUCACUAAUGCAUUCGGAGCGAGAACAGCGCACUGUAAUUAUAGAUGGUGAAGAGAAAGUCGAAACCCACGAAGUCAAGCGCGUUUACGAACAGCGCUGGUCCACUUUCUUGCACGCAGGAGCUAUCCUUCUUUUCGUCAGUCCGCCUUUCAUGAAAGUCCUCGCUUAA